CUGACCAUGGAGCACCCGGAACCUGAGUUGUUAGCCUCUGGUGAGUCCAGGAAUGUAGAGGCGGUCACCCCGGAAAACCACGAGGUUCUGCCAGCACCAGAGGAACAGUCUCGGGACAAGGAUGACGGAAAUGCUGAUGGAUUGCCUAGAGAACAGGAACCAGGAGACCAAGCUUCACUACCUGCCCAGGACCAGGAGAACCUAGAGUCCCCUCCACCUGAAGCUCGCUCAAGCCAAGUGGAGCCAGCCCAUGGGACUCAGACUGAGGUAGAAACAGUUGGGGCAUGCUCCAGGGCCCAAGAGCUCCCCCAGUCCCCAAGGGCCCGACAGCCAGAGCCAGACUUCUACUGUGUAAAGUGGAUCCCCUGGAAAGAAGAGAGAACACCCAUCAUCACUCAGAGCGCAAAUGGCCCAUGCCCUCUCCUUGCCAUCAUGAACAUCCUCUUUCUUCAAUGGAAGGUGAAGCUGCCUCCUCAGAAGGAAGUGAUCACAUCAGAUGAGCUCAUGGCCCAUCUUGGAGACUGCCUCCUGUCCAUCAGGCCCCAAGAGAAGUCAGAGGGACUUCAGUUGAAUUUUCAGCAGAAUGUGGAUGAUGCUAUGACAGUGCUGCCGAAACUGGCUACAGGCCUGGAUGUCAAUGUGCGGUUCACAGGGGUCUCUGAUUUUGAAUAUACACCAGAGUGCAGUAUCUUUGAUCUGCUAGGCAUACCACUGUACCAUGGCUGGCUCGUUGAUCCACAGAGUCCUGAGGCUGUGAGUGCUGUUGGGAAACUGAGUUACAACCAGCUGGUAGAAAAGAUCAUCACAUGCAAGCACUCCAGUGAUACCAACCUGGUGACAGAAGGCCUGAUCGCUGAACAGUUCCUGGAGACCACGGCAGCGCAGCUGACCUACCAUGGACUGUGCGAGCUAACAGCAGCUGCCAAGGAGGGUGAACUUAGCGUCUUUUUCCGAAACAACCACUUUAGCACUAUGACUAAGCACAAGAGCCACCUGUAUCUACUGGUCACUGACCAGGGCUUUCUUCAAGAGGAGCAAGUGGUAUGGGAAAGCCUGCACAAUGUGGAUGGGGACAGCUGCUUCUGUGACUCCAACUUUCACCUAAGUCAUUCCCUGGUCAAGGAACCUGGAGCAGAAGGUGGGACUGGCUCCCCAGAAAAGCAGCUGCAGGUAGACCAGGACUACCUGAUCGCCUUGUCACUGCAGCAGCAGCAGCCACAAGGUGCCUUGGGUCUUAGCGACUUGGAGCUAGCCCAGCAACUUCAGCAAGAGGAGUAUCAGCAGCAGCAAGCAGUCCAGCCUGCACAGAUGCGGGCACCAUCCCCUCAGGGGAGAGGAGCCACAUCCAGACGCCCGGCUGGGGAGCGUCGGCAGAGGCCGAAGCAGGAAUCGGACUGUGUUCUCCUAUAG